GAAUGGUUGACGAAAACGGUUAUUAUAUGUCAAAUAAAUCACAUAAAAAAGAACCGAUUAAUUCACCUCGUUUACAAAUUUUAAUCGAUAAAGUUACUACAUGUGGUUCAAAUAAGCCUGAAGAUGCACUUUUUGGUGAAAUUAUCAAUCUUUGCUGCGAGUCAACUGCUGCUGUUUCUGAUUUCUUUCGACUUGCUACUGUUCAGCUAAUGCGUAAACAUGCACAAAUUCGACUUGGUGUACUCAGGCUACUUAGAAUUUUGUCUUCACCUCAGGAAAUCGUUAAGAAGAUGGCUGUAUCAAUUGAUCGUGCCAGUGAAUUUAUCCCAUUAUCAAAUCGUCUUCGAAAUUUGAUUUUAGAUAAUUUACAGGAUAUCUAUUCAAAUAUGGUACAGUUGGACUCAGAUUCGCCUUCUCUACCUCCACCGAAAGAGGCUGCAGAACAAUUACAGAUUGAAGCAUUGGAACUAAUCCUCGAUUGGGAGUAUGAAUUACACCAUGGCUAUUAUGAUAUCUCUCCAUGGAAUCAUCCAGUGGAUACAUCCUCUUGCUUACAAUGGAUACCAUCACAAAGAGGUAGAGGUCAGCUGAAUGCCUUUCUGAAUUAUCUUAAUUUGGAUCCCCGAUCAAUUCAUCAUAUGACAAGUUGUGAAUAUUUAUCGACAAGAGAACGAAUUGAAAAGAUUAAAAAGAAGCGUGAUCAAAAAGUUAGAUUGUUUAAUAGUGAAAAAGUCAAGUCACAACGUCUUCUAAUAAAAUGUUUAAAAGAAAUUGAAGAUGACAAGGAGUUGAUCGAAGAGAAUCUGACAGCCUUAUCAAAUCUAUUGGAUAUCUUAGUGCCGAAUCCAUCUAGCAGUACUAGUACUACUGAUGAAAUGAACCAUCAGAAGAGUGAAACUGAAACAACAGAGUCAAAUCAAUUGACGACAGAAUUCAACAACAAAUCCAGCGAAGUGACCAGCGAAAAAGUCAAUCCUAUGGAUGCUUUACGUCUCCACGGUUGCCUUCUUGGAAGUUCUAGUGGUUAUGGUUUAGGUUCAACGCUUAAUAUUGAAAUUCAUAUACCCUACAACUUUCAAACUGACUCAACUCAUAUUUCCUCUGGACUAAAAGUCCAUGUGAAACGAUCCAAAGAGAUACGGGAUGUUGAAGAUUCAGCUAAACAAUAUGCUCAUUUAGCUAAAGAAAAGUAUAAGCCUAAAUUAAUCAAUUGGUUACUAUCUAUGGAAAGCGGCAUUCAGUUGAUCAGUUUGCCUAAAAAUCUUUUGAAAAAACGCAGUGAAAAAAUCGAACAGAUUAAACAAUGGAUCAAUCGUCUUGAAACAUUGACUUCCCUCUUCUAUGAUCGAAUUGAAUUUAUUAAUGAAGCUGGUGAUGAGGAUGUUGAUGAGGGAAACACUGAUAAGAAACUGACUGGACAGUUAUACAAUUUACGUCGACCGGAUGAUGCAGUCGCUUCCACUGAUGAUGAAGAUAGUGACUUCGAAGAUGUAGACAAUACAUUUCAUCAGAGUGUUGAACCAGCCGUUUCUGUUGAUUCAUCAUCAUGUCAAGAAUUCGAUUCCAUUAACUCCAGUAAACACGAGGUUUUGACACCGAAUGAAACUGAUAAUUCUAAACUUAAAAAUACUACUGAACAACUUGUGGAUAAUCACCACCACCGCCACUCGACAACGAUAUCGACAUAUUCACAGGAUGAAUACAUUUCAACGGAUAAUAUAAUCAUUGACGACUAUAGUACAGUAGUUAUUCCACAGAGAACAAUUGAAUGUGAACAUCGUUUUUGGAAACCCAUCGUAUCUGAUGACAAUGAUAAUCAGCAUAAAGAGUAUCUUGAAUCAGCGAUUUCAUGGAAUUCGACAAGUGAUAUCCCCCAGUGUGAUACUUCACUUCCGUGUAACGAUGACUCGUUGAAGGUGGAGAUCAGUAGUAAUAGUAGUCCUGUUGAGGAUAAGAAACCAGAUGUUGUAUCCAAUCAUUUAGUCUGCUGGGCUCCAUUAUUAUCAGGAUCACUGUGUCAGCGACGUGAUCGUAACGGUAGAUGUCCUGCGCAUGGUAAAAUUGUUAAACGUGACAGAUUGACUGGACGACCAAUAAGCAUAGAAGACAGGAAGCUACUUCAAGAAGAGAUGGCAUCUAUAAGAAUGGCAAGACAAAAAGAAUUAGAUGAGAAAAAGAAGAAAGAUUCGAGGAAACACUAUCCAGGUUUGAUUAACGUAUCAAAGAAGGUGACCAGUUCUCGUGAACGUUUAAAAGCUCGUGUAAUGAAAAAAUUUCAGAAGCAUUGAAUGAGUAUGGCGCAUAUGAUAUGGUGAUAUGAACACCUCGAGGGGAAAUGACAAUUUCUUAAAAGCUCUGUGAUCAUCAGCAUACUCUUGAAAAAGUGAAGCCUGUGUUUUGGAUGUUACUCUGCGCGUAUGUAUGUUUGUAUAUAUACACAUGAACUUUUUAAUCCUUAAUUAUUCAAAUAUUCUCAGGGUGUAUUGUAUUUCA